GAGCAACAAUUGCAACACUAAGAACAACAAAAGCAACAAGAGAGAAGAUCAGAAGAAGAAAGCUUUCCCGAAUACAGCUAGAACUCACGAAAGCUGCUUAAAGCUUCGCCGCUGGCAGAGACCACUGCAACUGUAAGGAGAGCAAGCAAAAGCACAGAAAGACAGACAGCUGUGUGGAUCCAAAGGAAGAAAGAUAGAGGAGGAUCUCUUGCAGUCGAAGGAUACACGCUUCCCACAGCGGUAGAGCGGUAUAGCGGUAGAGAGCGAGAGAGUGGAUGAGAGGAGGACAUUUCUGCAUGACGCACAUGGUUCCAGUAAUUGUAAUGUAAUGAGAUACGACGUCCAGGAGCUGCUACUUCAUCAGUCUGCUGAGGAUCCAUUCGCCAGGUUCGCAAAUGGGAUGGCAUAUCAUCCAUUUCUGCAGCUAACGCAAAGACCCACUGACUUCAGCGUAUCCUCGCUGUUGACGGCGGGUAGCAACAACAACAACAGCAACAACAACAACUCCUCGAACAGCAACAACAGUAACAACAACAACCCGAACAACAACAACAACAACAACAACAGCAACAGCAUUGUUGCAGCAGCGGCGGCAGCAGCAGCAGCAGCAGCGGCAGCAGCACAUCUCAGUGGUGGUGCUGCCAGCUAUCACGGCAGCUCCCCAUCGCAGCUUUCGCCGCAGAGCAACCACAGCAACAACAACAACAACAACAAUCAUAGCCAGCAGAACAAUAACAACAACAACAACAACAGCCACAGCAAGGGACACUUGACCACCGAAGAGCCACGAUCCCCAACGUCCACAUCCACGCCUCCACCGCAACAACAGCAACAACAGCAGCAGCAGCAGCCACCGCCGCCGCCUCCACACCCACACCAUCCGCCACCAUCCUCAGCGACAGUGCCACAUCCCGCCCAUCAUUCACCCAGCGUGGGCGCCACGGGAGCCAAUCCCCAUCCAGGGCCAGCGGCAGGAGCAGCGCCGGCCUCGGGCCAUCACCAUCCGCCGCCUCAGCAGCAGCAGCAGCAGCAGCAGCAGCAUUUGCCACCGCAACAGCAGCCGCCACCACCGCCGCCGUACUUUCCCGCCGCCGCUUUGGCCGCUCUGGCCGGUAGUCCAGCCGGACCACAUCCAGGGCUGUAUUCCGCCGGUGGGCUGCGCUUUCCGCCGCAUCCCGCCCACCCGCACGCCCACCAUCCGCUGGGCACCGCCUACACGACGGCCGAGGACGUGGUCCUGGCAUCGGCCGUGGCCCAUCAGCUCCAUCCGGCAAUGCGACCGCUGCGCGCCCUCCAGCCCGAGGACGAUGGCGUCGUCGAUGAUCCCAAGGUGACGCUCGAGGGGAAGGAUCUGUGGGAGAAGUUCCACAAGCUGGGCACGGAGAUGGUCAUCACCAAGAGCGGCAGACAAAUGUUCCCGCAAAUGAAAUUUCGUGUUUCGGGACUGGACGCCAAGGCUAAAUACAUCUUGCUACUGGAUAUCGUUGCGGCGGACGAUUAUCGUUAUAAAUUUCAUAAUAGUCGCUGGAUGGUGGCCGGCAAGGCGGAUCCGGAGAUGCCAAAACGCAUGUAUAUCCAUCCAGAUUCGCCCACAACGGGUGAGCAAUGGAUGCAGAAAGUUGUUUCCUUUCACAAAUUAAAAUUGACCAACAAUAUUAGUGAUAAACAUGGAUUUACCAUACUGAACUCGAUGCACAAGUAUCAGCCGCGUUUCCACCUGGUGCGCGCCAACGACAUCCUGAAGCUGCCGUACUCCACAUUUCGCACGUACGUGUUCAAGGAGACCGAGUUCAUAGCCGUAACUGCAUAUCAAAACGAGAAGAUAACUCAACUGAAAAUCGACAACAAUCCCUUUGCGAAGGGCUUUCGUGAUACUGGUGCUGGCAAAAGGGAAAAGAAGCAGGCGCUGAUGUCGAAUCGAGGGUCCGACUCGGACAAGCUCAAUCCGACGCACGUGAGCAGCUCCCGGGCGCCGCUACAUCUGGGACAUGCCGGCCGGCCGCCACACAUGCAUCCGCACGCGGCGCUCCUGGACCAGCAGGACGAUGACGACAAGCUGCUGGACGUGGUGGGGCCGCCGCAGAGUCCGCUCUUGCCUUUGAGCCAUUCGCUGCAGCAGAUGCACGCGCACCAGCACUCGGCCCUGGCCGCUUGGUUCAAUCACCUGGCGGGCGCCGGAGCCGGGGAGCAUGCGGCGGCGGCUGCGGCCAAUGCCAACGCGGAGGACGCCCUCCGGCGACGCCUGCAGGCGGACGCAGACGUGGAGCGCGACGGCAGCGACUCGAGCUGCUCGGAGAGCGUCGGCGGCAGCACCGGCGGUGCCUUUCGACCCACCUCCACGGGCAGCCCCAAGGAGGGGAUGGGUGCCACGGCGGCGGCGGCGGCCGCUGCAGCGGCUGGCCUCAAUCCCGGAGGCAGCUACCCCUCGCCGAACAUCUCGGUGGGCCCACCGAUCCACCCGUCGCCGCAUCUGUUGCCUUACCUCUAUCCGCACGGCCUCUAUCCGCCGCAUCACCUGGGUCUGCUGCACAACCCGGCAGCGGCCGCCGCCAUGAGCCCCGCCGGCCUCAAUCCCGGCCUGCUCUUCAACGCGCAGCUGGCGCUGGCCGCCCAGCACCCGGCGCUCUUCGGCCAUGCCUACGCGGCGGCCGGGCACACGCCGGUCUCUCCGCUGCAGGGCCUCAAGAGCCACCGCUUCUCGCCGUACAGUCUGCCGGGCAGCCUGGGCUCCGCCUUCGACGCCGUAACCCCGGGCUCCAAUGCGAACCGCAGUGGUGGCGGGGGCGCUGACGGACCCCCACCCGGUGUCCUGGGCGCCGGCGGGUCCGGCGGAGGAGUGGAGAACGGACCCCGCAGCCUCAGCUCCAGCCCCAGGCCGCGGGCCUCCUCCCACUCGCCGCCCACGCGCCCCAUAUCAAUGUCGCCCACCACGCCGCCCUCGCUGCUGAAGCGCCAGGCCCAGCAGCAGCCCCAGCACUCCCCCUCGGAGCUGAAGAGCAUGGAGAAGAUGGUCAACGGGCUGGAGGUGCAGCACAAUGGCAGUGCCGCUGCUGCGGCGGCUGCUGCGGCCGCGGCCUUGCAACUGGCCGAGGAGACGGCCCAGCUGCACCACCACACGCAGGCCCACCACCAGCAUCCGCACUCGCAUUCGCAUCCGCACUCGCAUCCGCACCAGCAGCCGCACCAUGGGGCAGUGGCGGCCGCCACGGAUCAGUGACAAUUACUGGACGGCCGCUCCGAUUGCGAGGAGGACGGCCUGGAGCUGGAGCUCGAGAUGGAGGACGAUGUGGACGAUGAUGAGGACGAGCACGACCGCAGCUCGGUGAUCGACCUCGAUGUCGAUGUCUGACCGCAGACGGGUCUGUUGCAACGCCUUUAGCCUGCGCCCCAACUCAGCUGGGUCCGUGCCCCCAGUCCGCUCUCGUUCCCGGCACCGUUCCCGCUGCCGGCCUUGUCCUGGUCCUCGCCCGUGGCGGUCGUCUAGCGACCCUCCUGCUGCUCCUGCACCUGCACGCCCCACUGUUGUAUAUAGUAUCGGCGCGACCUUCCCCCGAGCAGAAUUUUAGCAUGUAGGCAUUUGUAGUAUAUAGUGGAAAACGCAAUCCCAAUCUCCUACCCCCCUCCAAGGGUGUAGCCCUCUUUCACUUCUGCCCUCUAAUCCGCUCCUGGAUGUGGAUGGAUUCGCUCUGUGGCUUCGCUCUGGAUUUGACCGCACAGAGACAGUACUUUUUUUGUCCCGUUUCUAAGCAACGUGUAGCCCGUAGAACCUCUGGUGGGGCCCGAUGCAGAGCGAAGAAGAAGCGGAGGUAUAUGCAGAGAGAGAGAGAGAGAGAGAGGAGGGAGGGGGGAGGAGGGCCGAUCUUGGUUCAGUGGGGACUUAGCAUGGAACCCCGAGACACCUUUGUAAACAGAACAUAAAUGGAUAGGAAAUGCGAGCAGAAGAAAAGCUCCAUAUCCGAGCGGACAAAUUUAUAAAUGGUAUAUAUAUCAGACAUUUAUAUACCUACAGAUACACAUCCCCCCACACCCACACACACACUCACAGACACCCAUACACAUAUAUGUAUAUUGAUAUUGUACGAUUGGAAAUAGCAACAUCAAAGAUGGCGCCUCUAUAUAUAUAUAUAUAUACACAUACAUAUAGUACACAUAAAGUAUAUAUAUAUAUAUAUAUACACACAUUGUACGAUUGUAAUCUUAGUAAAA